CUAAACCCCUUAGGAGAGGCUUUGGGAUCUCCCAGCCAUCCCCCUGUAGGUGCCAUUCCCUGCAGAGGGAUGCACCGGCUCCAUCCAGAGCUUCAUGAGGUUUUGUGGUUGCAUUUCUCCAAAGAAGAGCCGUGCAAAUGAAACCCUGACUCUGUUUUCCCGUAACAUCUCCUCUGUUCCAAACCCAGUUGGAUGCUCUGAGCUUGGCAGUCGCUGCGUGAGUAGUGUUGUCACCCUUGUCAUCUUCAUUCCUGCACUCCCCGAACAGGAGAGGACCCUGAGGAAUAAACCAGCAAGAAAAACUUUGUUAAUGAUACUUGCAGGGUCACAGAGAGCCCAAACUGGUGGGAAAAGUGGUUCUUCACUGCGUUGAUCCUUAAUGCACGUGCCUUGGGAGCGACUCCGUAAUCGUCCAUUUGCCUUUAGUAGCAUCAUAUUCAUGUUUCCUCUGUUAAUGUGGGAAGGAUGCGGUUCAGAGAAGCAUGAAAUCACCAGGCAGAGCUGUCUUUUGCAAUGUUAUUGUCACAUUUAAUGCAGCUUUGAAUGCCAGGUUAAUACCUGCUUGGAGCUGUACAGUCAGGAGUGAGGAAGCUUUAUGGUUGUGAUGUGAUUAGAGAGGGAGCUGGGACAGAAAGUGAUGACACUGUUGAGAAUGGGUCAUUUUGAUGUUGAUCAGAAGGUUCUGCCUUUUACAUACCUUCCCUGAAGCUGCCCAACAUCCGGAUUUAUUGAUCUCCAUGAAGAGAGCACUAAGAUGGCUCCUAUUUUGUUGUUGUGGCAGGACAAAGCUGUUCUCCUCUGGAUCAGUACGUUUGUCUCAGUUGGAGUUUACUUUGCAGCAGAAAAUCUUCAGGGACUUUAAUAUUCCAGAACUUUUGUGGGAGUUGGAAGAGAUCCCUCAGCAGCUUGGGAGGACUGAGGCUGCUGAGCUGGGAUGCAAAUUCCCUUGGCCAAGCUGCCAUCUCCCUUCAGCUACUUGGGAUGCUCCUGAAGAAGGAGUCCGAGUCUGAGAACAAGCUGGAUGGAGAGACAGCGUCAGACAGCGAAAGCAAAUCUGAGUUUGGAGGGUCCCCCCCAGUGCCAACAUCAGAUGACACUCCAGAGGUCCUCAACAGAGCCCUCUCCAACCUGUCCUCAAGAUGGAAGAAUUGGUGGGUGAGAGGCAUCCUCACGCUGGCAAUGAUUACCUUCUUCUUCAUCAUCAUCUACUUGGGACCCAUGGUCUUAAUGACGAUAGUGAUGUGUGUCCAGAUCAAAUGUUUCCAUGAGAUUAUCACUAUUGGCUAUAACGUGUACCACUCGUAUGACCUGCCCUGGUUCAGGACGCUCAGCUGGUACUUCCUGCUGUGUGUAAACUACUUUUUCUAUGGCGAGACUGUGACAGAUUAUUUCUUCACCCUGGUGCAGAGAGAGGAGCCCCUGCGAAUCCUCAGCAAAUACCACCGCUUCAUUUCUUUCACCCUCUACUUAACAGGUUUCUGCAUGUUUGUCUUGAGUCUGGUGAAGAAACAUUAUCGCCUCCAAUUCUACAUGUUUGGAUGGACCCAUGUGACGUUGCUAAUCGUUGUUACCCAGUCACACCUCAUCAUCCACAACCUGUUUGAAGGGAUGAUAUGGUUCAUCGUCCCAAUUUCCUGUGUGAUCUGCAAUGACAUCAUGGCAUACAUGUUCGGGUUCUUCUUUGGCCGCACGCCACUCAUCAAGCUUUCCCCAAAGAAGACCUGGGAGGGGUUUAUUGGAGGAUUUUUUGCCACUGUCUUGUUUGGAUUGCUGCUGUCCUAUGUGAUGUCUGGGUACCGGUGCUUCACCUGCCCUGUGGAGUUCAACAAUGACACCAACAGCUUCACAGUGGACUGUGAGCCAUCCGAGCUGUUCCAGCUACAGGAGUACAACAUCCCCGUGGUGCUGCAGUCCGUGGUGGGCUGGAAGACAGUCCGGAUGUACCCCUUCCAAAUCCACAGCAUCGCACUGUCUACUUUUGCCUCCCUCAUUGGGCCAUUCGGAGGCUUCUUUGCAAGUGGAUUUAAGAGGGCCUUCAAAAUCAAGGACUUUGCCAACACAAUCCCAGGGCAUGGAGGUAUCAUGGACCGCUUUGACUGUCAGUACCUGAUGGCAACCUUUGUCAAUGUGUACAUCGCGAGCUUCAUCAGAGGUCCCAACCCAAGCAAACUGAUCCAGCAGUUCUUAACCUUGCGGCCAGACCAGCAGCUCCACAUCUUCAACACACUAAAAGCACAUCUUGUUGACAAGGGGAUAUUAGGUAGCUUGGAGGAAGCAUAGACAGUGGUGAUUGGAACAGGACUGAAAACAAACCCACCUCCUCGAGGAAAUUCCUGGCUCACCUGAUUUAAGACAAUAACAAGGCCUCAUUUCACUGUAACUUUUCUUCCUUUCUUGUUAAACGUUUGCAUUUGUGGGUUUUUUUUUUUUUAAUAAUAAAUUUCUCUAGCUUUGGGUCAAAUGAGCAAAUCUUGGGUUUGUAGCUGAAAAGGAGCUCGGAAGGACUGUUGGGUGAAGCAGGAGGGUACGACUGUCCUCGUGGGCUGUUCUUAACCUCGCUGCAUGUGGGCAGAGCUGAACUUCUCCUGUGAGUGUGUUUGUGCAGGGAAUACACCAGCACGUGUGGAUCCAGCAGGAAGGUGAAGCCGUGCAGCUCCCGUCGUGCGGGGCUGUGGUCACGAUGGCAACGCUGGGACCAUCAUUUCUCCAGUGGGAACUGUGAGUGCAGUGUUCCUAUUCCCAGACAGCCACGUUCCUGCCUGUGUGCAGUCUCCUGCAGCCUGCACGGUGAGCACGAGGCUCCCUUCAUUGGAAGAGGAUCUUGUUCUAAUCCAGCUGUAUUUCCUCUGCCCAGCCAGGCACUUGCAUCUGUGUUCACUUGCUGCUUCUUGCAGUGCCUCUCACAUUCCCCCCCUCUUCUGGCUGAUAUUUUGGCAAAUAAGAGUUUUAUAACCAAUUAAACCAGAAAGAGACUGAGGAAAAGGAGUCCAGAACCUGGUAGUUGCUUGUGGGAAUGUGGGAGGUUCCAAUUGCUUCAAAACUGAAUGGAGUAAAUAGGGUUUGAAAGAACAGUGAAAUUUCAUUGAGUAAUUCCUGCCAAGUAAGAGCAACCCUUUAAAUAACUUGGCUCGUUUUCCCCCCAUCAAAUAACCUUUAAGCAACACUGAACCACACUUUGAUGGUUGGAAACCCCACACUGGGAGAUUUUAACUAGUCUGGGGAGCAGUUUCCGACUGUUCUUUCUCCUGCAGUUGCUGGUUGGGGCUCCAGCACCCCCUGGAGCUCUCAGUUGGGUAUUUGGUUUUCGUUUCAGGGAUCAUGUCUAUCACUUGUUUGUUACUUGAGUUCUAGAUGUCAUGCUGCUGAGUUGAUCACGGUCUGUGUUGCAUUUCAGUCUGGGUUCUGCAUUUCAGCAGGCUUCUGUCCUGCUUUGCUUACUAAACCUUGUCAUAAGUAGCUUGUACUUAAUAGGUGUAAGAUUUAUCUAAGUACUUUCCUUUAUUUUGUCAUACUUUUAUAUUAUUUAAAAAUGAGAGCCCUAAAGAUUGUAAAACUUUUCUCUUUUUUUUUUUUGUGAUUAGAUAAUGAAAAUAUCCCCCCUUUACACCUUUUGCAAUGAUCCCAAACACAAGGUGACUCUGAUUUUACUUCUUUCCAUAGUUUGUGCAUGGGAGAGAGAAACUUGAUCAUAUUUUAACCUGGGGAACGAGUGACAGGGAAAGAUAAUACAGAAGUACAUUGCUGUUUUCAAACAUCCACCUUCCACACAGCCACCCCCUGCGUGUAGACACACAUACAUGCUGCAAGCUAGCUAAGCAUUGAAAGAAAAGAAACCACCUGAACAUACUUUGUAGCUCAUACUCCAUAUUCUGAUCCUGCCAUUGCUUUCCUUUACCCUGAGUAAGCCAGAGAGCACACAUGUGUAAAUACACGAGCAGAUACCAAUGUCUCCCUUACAUUCCUCCUUCCUGCGUGCUCAGCUCUGCUUCGUCUCCCACAACAGGAACCACAGGGUGGAAGUUUGUGCUCCUUGUGCUUGCAGAUACAGGUAUUUGGGUGAAAGCAGAUUGCAGGGAAGAAGGGUUUGUUUCCACAAAGUAUCUUCAGCCAGUGCUGGUAAAGUUGCUGGCUUCUGGCAGGAGUCAGGGCUGCGACAGGGGAGCCAGUUCAGGACUGCAUUUGGUUGAUGCCAGUGGUGUACAUAGAGGCUUUCCUGGGCUGGUUGUGGAGGCUCUUUCUUUCCAGCCUGAGUUAGGCAGGGAUCUAUUGUCUCUUGAUUUAGAGGUCUAAUCCCCUGAUUUGAAAAUUGAAGGGGAGAAUUAAGGUGCUUCCAACUUGCUUUGUCCAGGGAGAAUGUUUGGUCUGUAUUUCACAGAACCAUUUGGGUUGGAAGGGACCUCUGGAGAUCAUCCAGUCCAACCCCUUGGCCACCUAGAGCAGGUUACACACGAACACAUCCAGGUGGGUUUGGAAUGUCCCUGAAAAGCAGUUUGCCCUGUGGGGUCAGACAAGCUGAUGCUUUUCUGGAUUCCCCCAACAUCUGCCAAAACCCCUUGUAGUGCACUCUUGGGUCCUAAGUCAGUCAUCAGAAACUAUAGUGUUGAUAGGUAUUACAAAAGAUGCUCUUUAUGUUGAGAAAUCUUUCCAUAUGGCUCUUCAGUCUCCUGCUCAUGUUGCUUUCAGCCUUUGGUACCUCUUUAGCUGUUAUUAGCGGGGCAAAAGUCUAACACAAAGCUUUCCUGCAUGCUUUUGGGUGAAGCAGCGUUUGGGCCUUUUGAAGGGUGCGGUGCUGGCUGUGGACACUGGAGGGCAAAGCAGUUGCAUUAAGCAGCUUCCAGGGCUAGAGAGGAGCUGCAGCAGUGUUGCAUGUGGCAGCUUUAGUUUUGCUUCCUUCCCAGCAGUGCAGUGAAAGGUGGGACUUCCAAGCCUGGUUUGAUCCUGAAGGGUACAUAGAAAAGGUUUAGCAUCCUGCUCUGCAGUUUGUAACUGAGUGGGACCACUGCAUCCAUUUGGGAAGUGGAGGAGGAAGGGAGGGAGAGGGAAGGUGUGAAUAUUAUUUGCAAGCUCUGCAGCUCAAUGUGCUGAGAAGUAGUGGUGAGCUCUGUAGUGUGUCCUCUGUUGGGGUGAGAGCUGGGGCUGUCAAACCCACUUCUACACCACUGGUAUGAGUGUAUGUGACAGUACUGCUCUGCUCUCAGCGAGAGCGCUGUGUGGGGCAGCAUUUGGUGGGUUCUCCCCACCAGCCCAGCCUGUGAGUGGCUUUUGCUUGCUGUAGAUACUUCAAGUUAGACUUAGAAAGUCUAGAAGAGAUGAAAAGUUGAUGUUACUGGCUUUGGCUGCCCCUAAAGGAGUUAACUGUGAUGCCAAGGGGCAUGUAGCAAGGCACAUUAAGCCUUGCAGGACCUUGGUCAUGCUGCAGCUCUAACAAGCAUUAGGUUUGGAGGGAGAGCCCAUGCUGACACCAGGGAUGUCCAGGUGAGGUGAUGCAGGGAUGCUCCCAGGAUGUUUCUCCAGCUGCAGGGCUCCAGUUCAGCAUUGCACAAUGGUUUUGGUUCAUGGUGGGCUCCACCACCAGAGAAGUUCCUCCAGCUUGUGCCCAGCAAGAAGGGAAUAAUUGAGAGCAGACCAGCACAGGGGGAGGUACUGUGCCAGCCAGCGUGUGCUUGGGUCAGAAGGAAGAGAAAAGCAGGAUUUGGCCAAUGUGGAGCCCACCAGGGUCUGACUGCUGCUUGUGGUGUGGAGACCACCUCUUCUCCAGCAGUCGUAGCAGACAGAGAGGGAUGUGAGUGUGUUUGAUGAUCAAUGGGAUGGAAAGCUGCUUUUGCUGGUGGGAGAAGCUGCUGUCUUGGUGAGGGGACUAAACGUGAUGUGGGUUUGCUGGUGGAUGAUUUAGUACAGGUCAGACCAGGUUUGAUCCCGCUGGGCUGGGUCUGUGAAGAUGAACACUUGGCAUGGUCUGGUGGGAAUUUGCUUCUCCAAGUCUGAUGUGUUUGCAGAUGGGACGCACGGCCAGAGCAUGGCCUGCAGGGCUCAGUGGAACAUCUACACCUGGUUUCUACAUUUGGGGUCAGGUCCACCACUGAUCAGCGUGUGUUAGUUAAGAGAUUCUUCAGGGUGAUGGGCUCAGAAGUCUGCUGACACUGAUCCCAAGCUGUUGCAUUGGAUUCUUGAUACCUGGCGCAGCUCAUGAAGCUGGAAAUCCCACAGCAUCAGCUACUGCUUGGCAGCAGGCUGUGAAAUGCCAGUUUCUUAUGUUCCAAGGGCUGUGUCCUGUUUCUGAUGCGUGCAGCAAGUUCCCCCGAGCAUGGUUGUGGUGGGAUCUUGGCAUCUCUUCCUUCCCCUGCCUCCUCUAACUGGCCCUGUAUGAUAGGAGGAGGGCAAAGCUGUGUGGGAAGCAUCCGUACGGCCCAUCCAGACCCUCCUGGGGAAUGGAGAGCAUCGUAUCACAAAGAGCAUGAUGUGAAAGCUCCUGUGGUUCCUGCCCUCUGUAACCAGCCCCAGAGUUGCAUUUUGUACUGCUGUAAUCUUGGUGUGCUCCAGUUCUCCAGACCUGAUGUGUUUCUACAUCUGCUUCUUUCUCUGUGCACUGUUCUUUUGAUUCAUGUUUUAGCCACACAUGUAGAGUUGCCUUUCUUUGACCGAAUGUCCAAAUGUGAUAUAUUGUAUAUUUUAAAGUAUUUACCCUAUUUAUAUACUAUGUGUUACUGUUAAAUAAAUAUAAGUUCCAUUA